CGACGCGCGGACGGGCCGGAACGCCCCCUUCCUGCACCCCCUCCCAGGAGGGGCGUGGCUCCCGCGCGCCCUCGGCCGGCCGGGCUUUGAUCCGCGCCGUUGGAACGUUCGGGGCGGCGGCGGCGCUCGCGAUUGGCCGCGGCGCGUUCCGAGGCCUGCGACCCAACGUUCGGAAGGGGCGGGGCCUGUGACGCGGGGCCGCGUGCGGGAUUCCCAGCGGCCGCGUCCGGCUGCCCCGAAGCGCUCUGUGCGGCGAUGGAGGGCGUGGGCGCGCUGCUGGCCGGCUGCCCCCCGGCCGGACUGGCGGGAGGCCUGGGGGUGACCGUGUGCGCGGCGGCCGGAGGGGCCUGGCUCUACAAGAUGGCCCGGAGGAAGAAACCCACGCACACAACUGUGAACUGCUGGUUCUGCAACCAGGACACUGUGGUGCCUUAUGGGAACCGCAAUUGUUGGGAUUGCCCCAACUGUGAGCAGUACAAUGGUUUCCAAGAGAACGGCGAUUACAACAAGCCCAUCCCAGCUCAGUAUAUGGAACACCUGAACCACGUUGUCACCGGUGCCGCUGCUUGCUAUGACCCCACCAAGCCCCAACAGUGGGUGAGCAGCCAGGUUUUGCUCUGCAAGAAAUGCAACAGCUACCAGACCCUGAAGAUCAAGCAGCUGGCAUCCUUCAUGCCCAGGGAGGAGGGGAAAUACGACGAGGAGAUUGAAGUGUACAAACAUCAUUUGGAGCAAACCUACAAGCUUUGCCGCCCCUGCCAAGCUGCCGUGGAAUACUACAUCAAGCACCAGAACCGGCAGCUGCGGGCUUUGCUGCUCCGCCAUCACUUCAGUCACCGGAAGAUGGACCACUCCUACAUGCAGAGUUUCUAUGCGGCUGCCUCCGCAGCCUCCACCACCACACCGAUCCACGUGUUAGCACUGCGUUUCCUGGCCUUCCUCAGCUGUGCCAUCCUCAUCGCCAUGGGUCUUUACGGAUCGGGCAACCCUUUCUCCCCUGGGCCUGCGAGCCCUCCUCCGUCUUCACUGGCAAGGAACGGGAGUGAGGCAGCAUCCCCCAGCAAUGGAACCCUGCUGGAAUUCCUGGACUGGCGAGAGAUGGUUCACCUGCUGCCGGAUCAACUACUAGCGGCACUGAGUGCUGUCUGGACCUAUGGGAAGAACCAUCAAGUGGCGGUGGUGGCCCUGGGGCUGACCAUGUGCAUCUUGGCCAUGUUGUUAGCUGGACGCAUCAGGUUGCGCCGAAUCGAUGCCUUUGCCUCGGUCCUGUGGCUAUUGGUGAUGAGCUUCCAUCUGGCCGAGAAGUACCUGCAGGCCGACACCCCCAGCUGGCUGGACACUGCAAAGUUUAGCACAACGUCCCUGUGCUGCCUCGUGGGCUUCGCAGCAGCUGUCGCCACCAGGAAAUCGACUGGCCAGCAGAGACCCCAUUCCCGAAGAUACUUCUCUGGAGACCCGGUGGCGGCAUUCCCCAGCAGUGCAGGGUUGGGCUUCCCGUAUUCCCCGGCUGCUGCAUCUGCUUUCAUCCCAACACCUCCCAGUGUUCUGCCAUUGAUGAACCAGCAAUUCUUCCACUCUCCACGGCGAGCUUCCUCUUCCUCUCUUCCUGGACGGCUAAACCGGGCCCUCUCCUUGGGCACGAUUCCUUCUUUGGCCAGGACAGAUUCUGGUUAUCUGUUCAGUGGAAGCCGCCCCCCAUCACAGACCUCUUAUUCCAAGGAGUCACCUGUGUCAGAAUAUUUCUCCUUUCUGUCUGGAAGCUGCGUCUCCUCACCUAUUCCGUCGCCGGCGCCCUCCGUCGCCGGCUCAGUGACAUCGAGCUCCAGUUCCUUGCGCUAUCGCCGACCCCUCAUCAGCCCUGCACGGCUCAACCUGAAAGGCCAGCGGCUCCUGCUGUUCCCUUCUCAGGGUCAAGUCCACCACGGGGACGACCACGUCCACUCAGAGAACAGCGUCUUUGCCUCGGAAGUGCCCACGUUCCCGAAGAGGAAUCUGGGUGACGGUGGAAUGCACGAUGUGAGGGCAGUCAUUGAAGCAGGAAGCGUCUGCAGCCACCGCUCUGUCAAGAGGCAAGACGACUCCUCACACUCGUCGAGCUGCGUAGUGGACACCACAACAAAGGGGGAGGAGCUAACGGGCUGGAGAGGUGAGUGUUGGUCGCUUUGGGAACUCGGCUGUCCGAGGUCUACUCGCUGCCAGCCUGACCGUCAACGCCAUCUUCACAUCAGCCUACCUCUACCAAAGUUUCCGCUGAGCCACGUGGCCCCAGGAGAACUUCCUUCCUUGUCUCCGUCGUGGUCCUUCUCCCACAGGGAGAUCUUGGCAAGAGAAGGACUCGAUCCACCCACACCUCCACGCUGCCAUUCUGCAACCGUUCCUGCUCGCCCGCCACAAAGAAGCCGGUGCCUCGUUGUUGCCUCCUCGGCAGCCGAGCAGCGGCCAGAGAGAUCUGGAUGAACCCUCUGAGCACCGCACACCUUCUUUUGUACAGAACCGGUUAGGAGGAAUGGACUGAAAAAAAACUGUUGGCAAGGGACGUCGCAGGGGUGCAAGCUGGGCUCUCGUUGGCUUCCAUCUCUCUGAGCGGGUGGCUUUCUCAGUAGUUCUGUUUUGUUUUUUUAGCAACACUGUUAUUGGCUCAUGAAAGGGUCGGACCUGAGACAGGUGGACCUGAAACUCUGUCUGGCUUUCUCCGGAUCUCCUUUUCCUCCUGAGCCAGUCUUCCGGCCGUCCCUCCAGCUCCAAUUCAUUCUGGUGCUGACGUAGCACGUGUUGCUUCAUUCGGGGCGCAGUUGUGCUGUUUUAUUAACAGUGUGUGUUUAAAAACAAACAAACAUACAUACAUGAAGCGCAUGAAGGUAUAGAUUCUAACGUAACAAGGGUGCUUUAAUGGGGCUGGGGCACAUUACGGCUCUCCACGGCGUGGAGCUCAGUUCUUUGAAAGGUGGGAAGGAACUAAGGAAAGAGAGCCAGGGGUUUCUGUGGUGUGGGCUCUCUUCCUCAAAACAUUUGAGUCUGCUUAACUGGCUCAGUUCACAUCCCACCACCUUAAGAAUGCCCACUUGUGGCAACUGAUAAGGGCUUGUCCUUGCUGAAAGCAGAUGAGGUCCACAUCAGUGCCAAACUGCUUCUGAACCUAAAGGAAGAAUCGGCAGAGGGAACAUGGCUUGCAUGGUGGUUGUUUUUUUAAUGCACGUAGAAAACUUGCAUAUCUGGAAGAAAACUAGGACAGAACUUUCUCCCUGACUGGAGUACUUUCUGGUUGUUGACUGUCCCCCUUCAGCCUGCAAGUGACGGAAUGUACCCUUCAUCAAGAAAGCUAGCCAUUCAAGACUCCAGGUCCUGCUAUAUUCUCCUGCACAUACCAUAAGUCCCCUCCCCCCAGUUUUCCUCCUUGAGGAAGGUUUCUGGUUCCACACCUCAUUUGUACCCGGCUUCUGGUGUCAUUGUUUUGAUGAUGGAGCAGGUCUGUUUGUAAGGAUUUGAAAUUGCAUAGUUUGAAGACCACCAUUUUUGAAAACUGGGAAUGGCCUGCUUCAUCAGGUGUGUGACCACAUGCAGAGUCUUUGUCCCAUUAUGCCUCUGGUCAAACAGGUUCUUUAGGGGUUUUUUUUAAAACCAUACCAAAACCUGUGACGUCUGUUGAACUGGGGUGAGUUUGGACACAAUACGAACCACGAUCCCUCUUUCCUUUUUUAAACAAGUAUUGUCUGCAGAGGGGGAGAAAGGAAAACCCUAUCCUUUGUCAUAAGGUGCUAGACACUUUGGUGCUCACAAACAGGUGCAGUGCUUCACAAUUCUCUUGUGUAAUAACAGUGGAGGUGUGUUCAAGCUGUCUCAGCCCACCUCAAUUUCCCACUGCCUUAUAAUGCAAUUUUUGGUGCGUUCUUCAUCUGGCCAUGGAGGAUUUUCCUUGCUUUCUUCCUCUUUCUCUCGCUCAGCUGCUAGCCGGGGAGAUUUGCUGGUGCCACUUUUCUUUUUCUGUAUUUGAGAGGGGUAUGUGCGCACAAAGUGGAACUUAUCAAAGUUGACUUCUCUUUUGCUUCGACUGGGAUAGCAAAAAAAAAAAGCAGCUGAAUGUAAGCGUGUGAGACGGGGGAUGGUUUAAAAACUUUAAACGGUCACAGGUCUACAGAAAGAAAGAGUGUUGCUUUCCUCACACGGGGAGGAAUUGUGAGCUUUGUAACACAUGCGGGUGAAUUCUUUUGCAUUCAGUUGCAUCGUAUGCGUGGACAUACUUUGGGUAUUUAAAUUCUGGCACUGUUGGGUUGGUUGAAGGCACAGACGAGCAGGUUUCCAUUUGCACCCCAUCAGGGCUGCCCGGGGGCUAGUUCCUUGGCGAAUGUAUGAGCAGCCGCCUUCAGAGGUCUCUCUUAUCAAAUACACUGUGUGUCCUGGAGGCUUGAAUUCUGGGUGAGGGGUGGGGGUGGAGAGAAGAGGGGAAGCACAAAAUUGGUUGCUUGUUAAAGGGGGGGGUGUCAGGGAGGGAAUGGUAGUCUCAACUGGAAAAAAUGUAUUAUGUUGUGCUUUAUAUGUUGGGGGGAGGGUUGUUUUCCCAAUUCUGUACAGUUCAGUUAGCCUUUGUACUUUAGGUUUGGGGAAAACGGGAGGGGACAUUUCCCCCCCUCUGUCCCCUCUCUUUCCUCCCGGGGGUUUUACGUUACGUGUUGGAGAGAUUAUUUUCUUUAUUAAAAAUAAAAAUGGAUUGUCACGUC